AAAGCAGGAAGAUGUCUAUAUUCUCUCAGGAGCCUUGUUGUUUUCUACCUUAUUUGACUGGGAGGAUGGAGUGAUGCAGACAGAGGGAUGUCCGGUGAACCUUUGCAGUUUAAUCUAUGGAAUAAGAGAGACUGUGUGUCAAGUAGAAUGGAGAAGAGGAGGAACAGAGCGAUGAUGACAACAUGGAAAGUUUCUCAUAUCUUCUUGCUGCUUCUGGCUCUGCUCCAAACCCCCACGCCCUCCGCAGCUCAAAACACCACAACUACCACCAGCAGCCCUUCAACACCCAGCCCAGCACCUCUCAGUUACAGCACACGCCCAGCUGAUGUCACAGUGGCAGUGGGAGAGCCGGCAGUGUUUAGCUGUGGCGUCCCGGAAGCUUCUCCCAGUCUCUCGUUCACCUUAUAUAGCAGUCACGGCAACUACACUCUCAUGUGCCCUAAUGGCCAUCUGGAAGAUAUCCCCCAGGCCCUCUAUGGAAGCUGUGAUGUGAAAGAUGGAGAAUCACUGGCUGUGUGGGCCCUCAGGGGAACCUCUUUCUCUGACAACGGCACACGGGUCGUGUGUAAGCAGUCAGCAGAUCCUGACUCUCUGGCCGCUGUCCUUCAUGUUUAUGAUAAUGGCACAAGCUAUGCCGUUCUCAUCGGCUGCACCAUCGGGGGCUUUUUUGGCAUCCUGCUGGUGUUUGCUUUAUCUUACGGGUUGCUGUGGAGAUCAGAUAGCUUCCAGAGGUGCUUCAGGGGAAAUGAUACAGAAGACGAUCUGACCGAGAUUGUGACGAAGGACUCGAAGAAGAUAAAAAACUGAGGAGGAGAUGAUGUGGCUUGUUAACAUCCCACAGUGAUAAGCUCCCUUCACUAUUCUUUCCAACAAUUACCUGUUCUGUUCUCGAAAGCUGAAGUGAACCCAGAUCACGAGAUGCUGUCGUCUGAAAUGAUGGGGCCAGAUCCACUGUAACUCAUGAUAUCUUCUGCUCCUUGUCGUGUCCUCAAUAACUGAACCUGUUCACAAUGAGCACUUAAAACAAGUCACCAAAAUGAUUAAUACAUAAUUCCCCACAUUGGCUGGAUCAUAAUUCAGCAUUGUCUUCCUUAUAGUCCUACAUAAACUUUGGGUCGUGUUUUGUAAUGUGCAUAUAUCCGUAGUAAGAUUGUGAAGUUUUUUAAAAACUGGGUCUUGUAGAACACAAUGUUUAAAUUAUUAAAAUGAAUGAAUAGUUUUCACCCACAUGUUCUUAAAACAGUGAGGAAGCAGAGAGGUUGUGAAAGUGCUGAGGAAGCAAUCACAAAAAAGCAUCGUCAGCAGUAAAAUGAGAAGAGCAGCUGCUCUUUGUGUCAGUUCACAUGACUGACGGUUCCACACAAACCCACUAAUCGAGGUUAGGAGAUCACAGACAAGGGCUUCAAGCUGAGCUUUAAAUAACCGGUUGGUCUACUGCACUUUCACAAUCUGUCCACUAGAGAGAAGCCUUCGCUUCAGAUAUAACUCACCAGUCAACGAGCCCUGUUCAUUUUGAAAAAUUAUUCCAAAUAAAUAUCACAGAUUACAAACCACUCAGACUAC